UGACGACAGCCGUGCUCCACAUGGCUACAGAAGACGAUUGCAGAAUAAAGGAUGUUUCAACUCCCACAAGAAAGGUUUGCAGGGGAAGUGUUUUAACAUCUUCACUUAUGUAUUGAGGAUUCAGGAGAAAAAAUUGUUUAUCUAUUAUUGCCUGAAACUUCUAAAUGCUAAACAAUAGUGAUGGGAAUAGUGGUCUGCCAGUUGGCCUUAGCAGUAUCCAUUGUCCGAACAUCACGAAGCUACUAAAUGCUUACUUGUCAUCACUGUCGUCCAACGAAAACAUAACGCUGUCCAUCAGUGAUGUCACGUCUCAAACGCCAGAUCCAGCCCUACAGAUGGCACAAGAAAUAUCACAGCGGAAUGCAGUGAUAUAUAUUGUAGUGGUUCUGUUUUUUUAUUCCUUUGGCAUUGGAAUUAUGAUGAUCAAAUACAUGCGAAAAGAAGCUGAAGAACAGGAGGAAUUCAAGAUGUACCGCCGUUAUAUGAGUGAUACAUGCGACAACUUCUCAAGUACUACAAGCAGAGGCAGACUAGCCAAUCGCUUGGCUUUGCAAGCUCUCAAUAUGGUCAAUGCCAUCCCACAAACUAGUCAAGCCGGAAGCAAAGUGACGUUUGUGUAGAUCACAAUUGCUUGCAUCCUUCAUAUAUUAAUUCAUAUAUGCAAUUCUUUAAAUAUUUAUUAUGUGAAAGUAGUAGAAAAGGGUGUUCUGGUACAUAUUUUCCCCCAUAACAUCGUGAAAUUAUAUACAUUUUUAGAAGCUAUCAAAUAAGUUGAUUGAUAAUUGAUCUGACUGCAAGUACUGCAGUAGUAGAAUUAUUAUUUUAUUUGUACACUUGAGCCAAAAUACCUGUAUAUGAAAUGUAAUCAUAAUGGAUAUUGAAUAAUAACAUGGACGUUUGCUUUUAGAUAUUUUACUAUAUGAAUGAAAAUCUUUUAAAUUAUGGAGCAUUAUUUUUUCAAUGGAAACUAUUUCAAUUUUUUAAGCAAAUAAUAUAUUUAAAAUCAAAUCAUUUUUAACGAUUUUCUUUCAAACCGAUUUUAAGUUGGGUUUUUUUUUUUCGAGAAGAAGGCGAUAAAAGGUAAUACAAAUUUGUUUAAUAUAUAAACCACUCGAAAUCAGUACUGGAAUUUAUAUCUUUCUUUAAGAGUAGGAGAUAAUCCCAUAUUGUUAAAUAUUUGAAAUAUGUGAUUUCACAUUUGUUUUAUUUAACAUUAUUUUUGGAGGAUCAUGGCAAAUAACCACGUUGCGUUAUCUUUUGGAAAGAGUAACUUUUACUUUACUAACAAAAUUGUUAGAAUAUUUUUGGAACUUGAAUUGUUAUUUACAAUCCAAAUUAUUUAAAAGAAUCAUUUUAAUAUGUGUGUAGUAAUAUUUGUA